AAAUCAGCCAAAAAAAACCAAAUCCAAAAUUGGAAAAGAAAAAGGCAAUAAACUAAAGUGAAAAGUCAACUCAUAAGCAUUCUCAUUUCUCACACUCCAAAAUUCCAACAAUAAACAAUUAAAUUCGUCAUCCUAAAUCCAUGAACAUAUCCAUAUUAAUUCCUUUAAAUUCACAUGGUAUAGGAGUAGUACACAACAAGCAAAACCGAAACUUUCACGAUUAUGGCGGGAAAUUUCAAAACCCUAAUUCAAUUUGAAUAACAUUUCCCACCGCAAUCCGAGAAAUCUACGAGGGAAAUUCGAAAAAAACCCUAAUCCCAUAACACUUUAAACACCGCCUCCCAAGUCCUGCUAUUUCUAUAUAAUCUAUUAACUUCUAUUCUCAAUUUUCUCAUCACACAUAAGCUGCUCGACGAUAUUCCUCUGAGAAUAAACCCAGAAAAUAUUAUAAAAAAUGUAUGUAGUAAAGAGAGAUGGGAGGCAAGAAACCGUACAUUUUGAUAAGAUUACUGCGAGGUUAAAGAAAUUGAGUUAUGGUUUGAGUACUGAACACUGUGACCCAGUUCUUGUUUCCCAGAAAGUUUGUGCUGGGGUUUAUAAGGGUGUUACUACAAGUCAACUUGAUGAAUUGGCUGCUGAAACUGCUGCUGCUAUGACUGCUAAUCAUCCUGAUUAUGCUUCGUUGGCGGCGCGUAUUGUUGUUUCGAAUCUCCACAAGAAUACUAAGAAAUUAUUUUCUGAGACGAUUAAGGAGAUGUACACUCAUUAUAGUGAGAGGUCUGGAUUGAAGGCUCCACUGGUUGCUGAUGAUGUGUAUGAGAUCAUCAUGAAGAAUGCUUCUCGGCUCGACAGUGAGAUAAUUUAUGACAGGGACUUUGAUUACGAUUACUUUGGGUUUAAAACCCUUGAGAGGUCAUAUCUUUUGAAGGUUAAAGGGAAGGUGGUGGAGAGACCACAACAUAUGUUGAUGAGAGUUGCUGUUGGGAUUCACAAGGAUGAUAUUGAGUCGGCCAUCAAAACAUACCACUUAAUGUCCCAGAGGUGGUUCACUCAUGCAUCUCCUACCCUCUUCAAUGCCGGAACACCUAGGCCGCAAUUAAGCAGCUGUUUUCUUAUCUGUAUGAAAGAGGAUAGCAUUGAAGGGAUAUAUGAUACUUUAAAGGAAUGUGCUGUUAUCAGCAAAUCUGCAGGAGGCAUUGGUGUUUCUGUUCACAACAUUCGUGCCACUGGAAGCUAUAUUCGUGGUACAAAUGGAACAUCAAAUGGAAUUAUUCCAAUGCUACGUGUUUUCAAUGAUACUGCAAGAUAUGUUGAUCAAGGAGGAGGAAAGCGAAAAGGUGCUUUUGCAAUAUAUCUAGAGCCAUGGCAUGCUGAUGUUUUUGAGUUCCUUGAUUUAAGGAAGAAUCACGGCAAGGAAGAGCAGCGUGCUCGUGAUCUCUUUUAUGCUCUUUGGGUACCUGACCUCUUCAUGGAGAGAGUGGAGAAAAAUGAGCACUGGUCCUUGUUUUGUCCCAAUGAGGCUCCUGGCCUUGCUGAUUGUUGGGGUAAAGAGUUUGAGGACCUCUACACCAAAUAUGAAAGAGAGGGAAAGGCUAAAAAGGUUGUUCAGGCUCAGAACUUGUGGUUUGAGAUAUUGAAAUCUCAAAUUGAAACCGGAACUCCUUAUAUGCUUUUCAAGGAUAUAUGUAAUCGGAAAAGCAAUCAACAGAACCUUGGCACCAUUAAGUCUUCAAAUUUGUGUACUGAGAUUAUUGAGUACACCAGUCCAACUGAAACUGCUGUGUGUAACCUGGCAUCUAUUGCUCUUCCACGAUAUGUGAAGGAGAAGUGUAUUCCUUCUGAGUCACAGCCUACUAAACUGGUUGGAAGUUUGGGUUCCAAAGAUCGUUACUUUGACUUUGAUAAAUUGGCUGAGGUUAUUGAAGUUGUUACCACAAACCUGAACAGAAUAAUUGAUGAGAACUUUUACCCUGUUGAAACUGCAAGAAGAUCAAACAUGAGGCAUAGACCAAUUGGUAUUGGAGUCCAAGGUCUUGCAGAUACUUUCAUACUACUCGGCAUGCCUUUUGACUCGCCCGAGGCCCAACAGCUGAACAAAGAUAUUUUUGAGACCAUCUAUUACCAUGCUCUUAAAACUUCCUGUAAGUUGGCUGAGAGAGAUGGCCCCUACGAGACAUACCCUGGUUGCCCUGUGAGCAAGGGAAUUCUUCAACCUGAUAUGUGGGGAGUUGUUCCCUCAGACAGAUGGGAUUGGGGUGCUCUUAGGGAGAUGAUAGCUAAAAAUGGUGUCAGAAAUUCACUUCUUGUUGCACCUAUGCCAACUGCUUCGACAAGCCAGAUUCUUGGAAAUAAUGAAUGCUUUGAACCUUACACCUCCAACAUCUAUAGUCGACGAGUCCUAAGUGGUGAAUUUGUUGUGGUGAACAAACAUCUGCUUCAUGAUCUGACUGAGAUGGGUCUUUGGUCUCCUACUCUGAAGAACCAGAUAAUAUACGAAGAUGGAUCAGUUCAGAAAAUUAUUGAGAUUCCUGCAGAUCUUAAAGCCAUUUACAAGACUGUCUGGGAGAUAAAACAAAGAACCUUAGUCGAUAUGGCUGCAGAUCGUGGAUGUUUCAUUGAUCAAAGCCAAAGCUUGAACAUUCAUAUGGAUCAACCCAAUUUCGGCAAGCUCACUUCUCUGCAUUUCUAUGCUUGGAAAAAGGGUUUAAAGACCGGCAUGUAUUAUUUGAGGACACGAGCAGCUGCUGAUGCUAUUAAGUUCACUGUGGAUACUUCCAUACUCAAAGAUUCAAGCAAGCCAACCCCGGCUGAAGAUGACAAUACAAAACUCGCACAGAUGGUCUGUUCAUUGACCAACCGCGAAGAGUGUAUGGCAUGUGGAAGUUAAAUUCACUUGCUUACACUAUUUUUCUUUAUCAUCAGCAUAACCAUCUUUUUAGAUGGUGUUUGUUUUUUUUUUUUUCUUAAUAUGAUUGUAUAUUGGCUUGAAAUUGAUUUGGUGACAAUGACAGAAACUUUGUACCUGCUGGUGCUGGCUGGUUCUAUCUGUAUAUAUACUUGGUAGAUUUGUAAUUCGGUUAUGAACUGAAUACUCUUACUCUUUGUUAUAAAGAAGAAUGGGAGAACAUACUGUUUUA